AUGAAUGCUGGCUUCUCCCAUGGCUUUGUGGAGCGGCGGGCCGGGCUCCUUGGCGGCAGCAGCCUGCAAUAUGGGAUGAUGCCCCCUGGUGGCCACCCGGAGCAUCGCCACUCCUCCCACCUCCACCCAGGCGGAGACCCGCUCACGCACCCGAUGCCCUUCCUGCUCUACCCCGCCAGCGUGGACACGGGGCUCUACGAGGGCUCCUACAGGGGCGGCCCGCCCCUCUUCCCCUACCUGCCCGCCUUCCACGGGCACUUCGGGGUGUACGAGUGCCCCUUCGAGCCGGCGUUCAUCCAGAAGCGGAACGAGCGGGAGCGGCAGAGGGUGAAGUGCGUCAACCAGGGCUACGCCAAGCUGCGGGACCACCUGCCCGGCGGCGCCGGCGACAAGCGCCUCAGCAAAGUGGAGACACUGCGGGCCGCCAUCCGCUACAUCAAGUACCUGCAGGGCGUGGUGGGGGAGUCCGCCUGCUCCAGCCCCAAGGCCGCGCCCCUGAGCCUGGAGGACUCGGGCAACAGCGACGGCGGGUCGCCCCGCUCCACGUCUGAGUCCUCCUCGCCGGGGCUCUACUGCGGGGAGUCGGAGGGCUCAGGGAGCUAG